UGAAUCCCAAAAGAGAAAGAGCAAAAAGCUUCAAAUCUCCUCUGCCUAUUGGAGAUUACAGCAAAAGGCUUUUUUGUUUUUGUUUUUUUUUUCAUUAUAAUUUUACAAGUGUAAAAAUCCCCUUGGGGAAUGCAGAGAGAUGAGACGUUCAUCGUUGGCAAGGCCUGAGCUUUGUUACCACCGUAAGCGCUCCAUCGGCGGCCGAAAUUGUCACCGAAAACACGUCGAAGACGGGUGAUUCAGUUUGAAGGCUAUCAGUUUUAAAUAUACAUAUAUUUCUCACUUAUAUUGUAAAUAUACAGUAAUUCAGAUCAAAGGGUAUCCGUUUCUUUUCUUAUUUUUCUUUUUAAUUUCUCGAGCUUUUACGGUUCAAAAAUGGCGGACAAAGCUAAAACCGAAAACCCAUCUUUACUCCAUGGAAAAUACGAGCUUGGCCGUAUGUUGGGUCAUGGAACCUUCGCCAAAGUCUACCAUGCGAAGAACCUUCAAACAGGGAAGAGUGUCGCCAUGAAAGUGGUGGGCAAAGAGAAAGUGAUCCAAGUCGGGAUGAUGGAGCAGAUCAAGCGAGAGAUCUCCGUCAUGAAAAUGGUGAAACACCCCAACAUCGUCGAGCUGCACGAAGUGAUGGCGAGCAAGUCCAAGAUUUACUUCGCCAUGGAGCUCGUCCGCGGCGGCGAGCUCUUCUCGAAAAUCGCCAAAGGUCGUCUCAAGGAAGACGCUGCCAGGGUUUACUUCCAGCAGCUCGUUUCCGCCGUCGAUUUCUGCCACAGCCGCGGCGUUUACCACCGUGAUUUGAAGCCGGAGAAUCUUCUCUUAGACGAAGAAGGCAACUUGAAGGUCACCGAUUUCGGACUCAGCGCUUUCACGGAACAUUUGAAACAAGACGGGUUGUUGCACACGACUUGCGGAACGCCGGCGUAUGUGGCGCCGGAAGUCAUUGGAAAAAAAGGGUACGACGGAGCCAAGGCGGAUAUUUGGUCUUGUGGGGUGAUUUUAUACGUUCUAAUCGCCGGGUUUUUACCGUUUCAAGAUGAUAACUUGGUGGCGAUGUAUAAGAAGAUUUACAGAGGAGAUUUCAAGUGUCCGCCAUGGUUCUCACCUGAAGCUCGGAGGCUAAUAUCCAAGCUUUUAGACCCGAACCCGAAAACCCGAAUCGCCAUCUCCAAGAUCACGGAAUCAUCUUGGUUCAAAAAAUCAAUCCCCAAGACUAAAACAACUAAGGAAGAAAUAGAAUUCGAAGCAUUCAAUGGAGAGAAAUCUUCUAAACCCGAGACCUUAAACGCAUUCCACAUAAUUUCAUUGUCGGAAGGCUUCGAUUUAUCUCCGUUGUUCGAAGAGAAAAAGAGGGAAGAGAAAGAGGAGUUGAGGUUCGCCACGACGAGGCCGGCAAGCAGCGUGAUAUCGAGGCUCGAAGAGGUGGCCAAAUCGGGGAAGUUCAGCGUCAAAAAGAGCGAGUGUAGGGUGAGGUUGCAGGGUCAAGAAUGUGGGAGGAAAGGUAAACUUGCCAUUGCUGCCGAUAUAUUUGCGGUGACGCCGUCGUUCUUGGUGGUGGAAGUUAAAAAGGACCAUGGCGACACAUUCGAGUACAAUCAGUUUUGCAGUAAAGAGCUCCGGCCGGCGCUUAAAGACAUCCUAUGGACGUCGCCGCCCGAGAACUCGACUGUGGCUUGAUUUAUGUGAGGUGGGAAGUCAUUGUUUGAUGAUGAAGGUUAUUGUUGUUAUUGCGAAAGUGUGAUUAUGUGAUUGUUUUUAGAUGGGAAAUUGAAAACCCAGAUUUGUUGUUGUUUGAUCCAUUGUAUGUUGCUGAUGUUUUCAGAUGUUGUGUUGUUAAUGUUGUGGUAGUGGGCUGCUUUAAGUUACCAUCUUUGUCUGCAACUUUCCUUCAUUUUCUCGUUUCAAUUAUGGUGACAUUUUCAA